UUUCAGAAACCUAUGACCUUCAGCUGAAUCGGGGUUCGAUAAGCUGUGUCAUGGAUCCCCGUGAAGCUGCACAAUACGGGAACGUUGAAAGGUUACAACAACUUCUUGAUAGUGGUGCUAUAACUCCUGACUGGACUGACUCUGAUGAAUGUUCACUUCUUCAUUGGGCUGCCAUCAACAACCGGUUACAUGUAGCUGAGCUUCUUCUACGAAGGAGAGCCAACGUUAAUGCCGUCGGUGGAGUGUUGGCGUCAACUCCUUUGCACUGGGCCGCCCGGCAAGGGCAUGUGCUUAUGGUAGCAUUUCUCGUGACAAACGGUGCUCAAGUGGAAAAACGGGAUGUAGAAGGAUUCACUCCUCUACAUGUGGCCGCCCAGUUUGGUGCGACUCCAGUUGUCGGUUACCUUGUGGCUCGUGGACAACCCGUGGAUGCCCCCGACGAGUCCAGGAUUACGCCGGCCAUGUGGGCAGCGGCUAAAUGUCCACACGUUGAUCCUCUGCAACUGUUGAUAACCCUUGGUGCUGAUCUGAAUAAGGCUGAUGCAGCUUAUCACAACACUCCCUUACAUUGGGCGGCUACGAACGGAAACGUCACAGCUGUCAACACACUGCUAAAAGCCGAUUGCGAUCUUUCUGCAACAAAUCGCGAUAAUGAAACCGCACUUGACAUCGCUGUACGACGUGGUGAUACGGUACUUAUAUCUCGGAUGGAACUGGCAGCAAGACGAAAAGGAUUAAUGAAUUCUACAUGGCGACAAAAACUUACCGAAGAUAAGGUUAUUGCAAGACGUGUGCUAUGGUGUGUGCCGUUCUUUAUCUACUUUUGCAUUUGGUUAAUUCUUCAUCUCAAUACCUCACUCUCAAUAAAACUCGCUUACCUCCUAUUAACUGCCAUAAUAUGUAAAUACUUCCCGAUUAAGUUCUCGAACACUGACCUAUUAGACUCCAUUCCUCCAUCUGUGGCAACAUCAACUAAAGUUACUUUGAUUCUCACCUGGUUUUUCUACCUACAGCCCAUAUCUACUUGGUACAUGCAGAUCGCAUUUUCACUUCUGAUUUUCGUCUUACCGUUUACUUUUUUUACGGUGUCCUAUUCUGAUCCGGGUUAUAUUAGCACGAAUUAUCAAGAGAGGUGCAAGACUAUCAUCAACAUUAGUGAGGGUAAAUGUCCAUCUGCGUCGUUUUGUCCAACGUGUUUAUUACUGAAACCUCCCAGGUCGAAACACUGCCGAUAUUGCGAUCGCUGCGUCGCAAGAUUCGAUCAUCAUUGUCCAUGGGUGAAUAACUGCAUCGCCGCCAAUAACCAUCGAAGUUUUAUCUGCUAUCUGGUUGUGAUUGCUAUUUCAACUGCACUUUUUUGUUCAGCUGUUCUGCUCUACUGGCGAGAUGUCUGUGGGGCGCAUACGGUAGAAGCUAUGGUGAUGUGUGAUCAUUGGUUGCUUUUUGCUUUCAUCACUAGUGCUGUGGUUUGUGGAUGGUCAUCAGCAAUGACUGCUAUACAAUUUUAUCAAAUUCUGAUGGAGGUUACGACGAAUGAACGACUAAAUAUCCAUCGAUAUUCGCAGUUUCAAGUCGGCGCACAUCAACUGGAUAUUCGAAGCCCUUACAACAAAGGUAUGUGCCGCAAUCUGCACGAUUUCUUCUGCGGCGAUCGUCAGGAUGAGACGGGCUGAGGAAUGUAUGUGUGUUGCUUCGAAAGCAAUCAUCAUAGGAGGAUAUUUGAAUAAUGAGAUCUUCAGUUGUUUGCAUGAUCUCGCAGGUUCAUAGGAUGUAGGCUUAUUCUUAACAGUGAUCACUGUUUCUCUUACGACACCGGUCAUUUCUUCAUAAUCAAAUGUCGCAUUUACCUUUAUACCAUUUGUUUUUCGAUAUCAUGAAGCUCUUGCGUUAAAACGCGCAUAACGUGCCUAUCAGCUUGUUUGUGGUCCUCUAUUUCUUUACAUAUAUUUUUUUGCGAGACGAAGAAUUGUGAUGAUGUGUGUGUUAGAACGAGAAAUAGUUGUUUUGCUGCUUAGGUGUCCUCAUUUUCGAGGACAUAUAGCUGAAUUCGUCGAUCCGUAGCUUUCCUUUACCGGUCUGUUCUUCUUUCGUAUUUUCAUUGUGGU